AUGACUCUGCGAGAGCUCCGCAGUCGACAGUUUUGGCGUGCGGUGCUGGCAGAGGUGCUGGGCACCCUGGUGCUCGUGAGCACCAUGCUCGGGGCCUCUGUGCCGGGUCCGGGAGAGGCCCCCGGGGGCCCGCUGUACCCAGCCCUGGCAAUCGCUGCCGUGAUCACCUCGCUGGGUCACUGUUUCGGAGAGAUCAGCGGGGCGCAGGUGAACCCUUCAGUGACUCUGUCAUUUUUGGCCGCAAAGAAGAUAGACCUGGUCAGGGCCCUUGUUUAUGUGGCCGCACAGUGCCUGGGGGCCUUUCUGGCCAGCGGGGCCCUCUACCUGGCCCUCCCGCACAAAGCCACUGCGGAGGUGUUCGUCAAUCGGUUGGGCCCCGACGUCAACGCGGCACAGGCGGUGGGCGUGGAGGUGCUCUGCACCUUCUCCAUGGUCUUCGCCAUCUUCUCUGUGGAGGAGCAGAGGCGGAGAGAGAGCACCGAGCCCAGCCACCUGGGCAUCGGACUGGCCCACACGGCCGCAGUGUUUAUAGGGGCGAGGUUUUCUGGUGCAGGAAUGAAUCCGGCUCGUGCUCUGGGUCCAGCUCUCAUCACCGGCUACUGGGAGAACCACUGGGUGUACUGGAUCGGGCCGGUGACGGGCGGUGUGCUGGCCGGCGUGUCACACGAGUUUUUCUUCGCCCACAGCGCCUCCCGCCUGAAGCUGGUGGCGUGUCUGACCUGUAAGGACAUCGACAUGGUGGAGACUGCCAGCAUGUCCCGCUCCUCCCUCUCCACCGUCACGCAGAACGCCAACCGGGCCAAGCAGGCCAACAAGGGCGAGGGCACCUGA